AGACUUCAGUGCAUUCUUCUUGAAGCAGAAAAUUUCAAAGACAAGGAAAUGAUGGACCCCAAAACUGAGAAGCUGGUGAGAAGGACGACUAUGGUGGCCACUGCUGUUGCUUCUUAUUUCCUUCUCACUGCUGAUUAUGGCCCCGAACCCAAUGCCAUCGACCCUAUUAAAAACGCUAUACUUUCAGCAGAACGAUCUGUAAAGGAGUUCAUCUUUGGAUCAAAGAAGAGUGUUCAGGAAAACGAGACCGAAAAAGCCCCAACUGGUGUGGAGAAACACUGAAAAGCAGCCUUUUGUUAACUACUACCUUUGCUUGUAAAAGAAUUUUCUUUGUAGGAUUUGCUGUCCGGAAAUUUCAUGUUACAACUUUAUAUAUACUCCGUGACAAAGUUUUGCAGUUGCACACUUUUACUUUAGCUGGAACAUAGAGUAGGAUGAAGGAUGAUGCAUUAGAAACCAAAGAGGGCUCUGACACUAUGAAAACGUGAUACUAUAAGACUAAUUUAAAUUUGGUGAUGUGUGUAUAGUAUAAGACAAUAUUUUGAUUUA